CUGUCAAACAAAUAGAAAAGCAACUGCACGUGUGAGUCGCGAAGUUUGUGUGAAGUGUCUUUCGAUAAUUUUUAAUAAACUCCCGAAGUGAUUACUGCCUUGAAAAAUGGCUAAAUUCCGUUCGAAACUAAAACGCCACACGAAAGGAAAAACAUGGGCCAAAGGACAUUCCUCGACGAGCAAUCCAGAGAAUAUGAAACAUCGCAUGAACGCCAAGUCGAGGUUUUUCCAGGCGAACUGGAAAUCAGCCCCGCCAACCUCAUCCAGUGCAAAACCGUCUCUGACUCUCGAGGCUUUGAUGAAACACGACGCGCGGCAGAUGUACGCCACCGGCAAGGACGAGCCCACAGUGAACGAUAUCGCGGGCAGCUUGAAAUCCUUCAGCCUCGAUGACGAGAUGAUGUCGGAUUCCCAGACGGGCACUUUCAAAACUUUUAAAACCUUCGCCUCCAACUACAGUCAGUGUUCGAAUAUGAGCUUCAAAAAGCUAUUGAAUGGCUUCCGGACGAGCUCGAAUCUACACAAGGAAAUGCUGGCAAUCCUGACUGCCUUGACGGAAGUGAUCAAAGAGCGGAAAGGCACCGAGUCGUCCACGGAGUACUUUUUGCUGCUAAUGGAGACAAUCGAUGCGAGCCAGGAGGAGACUGAGAUCUUUGCUUGCAUCUCUCUUCUGUCGAUGGGAAUUAAAACGGUCCCCGUGCCCGUGCUGAGGAAGAAGUUCUCGGAGACAGCGGGAUCUCUGAUGCAGUUGAUGACGAGGUACAUUGAGUCGGAAAAUAUGACCGUCAUUAGACAUUUAAUUGGAUGCAUGUCCGUCUUGUUGCGCGCCCAGGAGCAUGUUUCCUGGUCUUAUUCAUCCACAAUGCGGUACCUGGACGCAAUAUUGUCAUUCACGAUUCAUUCGAAACCCAAGGUUCGUAAGGCGGCUCAGCAUGCCGUGGUCUCCAUCAUUCAAGGCAGUUGCUUCAUGUUACCUCGAAAGCCGGAAAACACUGCCGACAACCCAGACGAGCCAGAGGAACCACUCCCGCCAGCCGUUACCUACCAUCCAGCAAGCGGUCGCGUUGCGAAAUUCUGCCUGAGUCAAUUCAAACCUGAAAACUUGUCGAAAUCGCAGAAGUUGGUCCUGCAUACAAUCGCUCUUCUUCGCGACACAAUGAGCGGCAUGAAAACAGACGACGUCCGCCAAAGCUGCGAGAGUUUACUCUCCAUUAUGACCGCCGCUAACGUCCUGCUGCGAACGACUUGCUUCCAAACUUUCCAUGCGUUCUUCCUGUCCAGAACGACUAACAUCGACAGCGAACUUCUUGGCAAACUGAUUUCAGCAAUCUAUGAAUAUCGUCCGGACCGAAUGGAUAUCCGGCAAACCCUUGCAUGGCUGGCGGUAUUGAAAGAGGGACAUAUUCACUUAGCAAAACUCGAUUUGAACCUCUGUGCGAAUUUCUUGCCGAAGUUUGUGGACGUUUGUGCAAGCGACUUGUGGAUGUCGGAUAAGACGGAGAUCGUUACAGGCGCGUCGAAUACUUUGAAAGAAAUUCUUUAUGAGUGCGUUCGGCCCGCAUGCGCAACAGACGAAUUACGCGCACAAAAUCGCGAACCGAUCACAAAAGUAAUUAACAUCAUCUCAAAAGCAUUAGCCGCUCCAUUUGGAGAUGUUGCGAAAUACGUUAUCCUCACAUUUGCAAUUGUGUUCGAGGUUACGGGACCAGACUUCAGUAAAGCUCUGCAUGCCCCGAUUGCAACAUUAGGAAAUCGCUACGAUACGAACAGCACCCUUCGUUUAGCUAUUGAACACGCCAUCAUCACGGCCAUCCAAUUUGUUGGAGUGGAAAAUGUUCUAAAAGCGAUUCCACUUGCAGACGCCAAAGGGGAAGUUCUAAUUGAUAGAUCCUGGCUACUCCCACUGCUCCGGGUGGGAAUCGUUGGGGCGUCAUUCGAAUUCUUCUCUAAUUACAUCCUAGAACUGGCGUAUUAUUGCAACACCAAAUGGGACGAGUACAAGAAAGAAGGCAACGAUUCAAAGCGCUGCACAUACGAACUUCUCUGCUGUCAGCUGUGGGGUCUUUUCCCUGGUUUCUGCCGGAACCCGAAAGACUACUCUAGUUUCAAACUAGUUGCCAAGAAGCUGGGCACUGCUUUGGAAAACAAUCCGGAAUUUCGCGCCCCCAUUCUCGACGGUUUGAAUGAAUUGAUCACAUAUGCAAGUGAACAGAAUGUAGGGGAAAUUGCUAAAUACUCCAAGAAUUUCGUCCCUUGUUUGCUGAACAUCUACAUUCAAAAGCCCAACGACACAUACGAAACUGAAAUGCGUGGAAAAAUUCUUGAAACGAUCAAGGUUUUCCUCACCAUCACAUCGGAACAAACGUUGGUGGACCUCUUCGAAAACGCAGUUAAAGAAUUGAAAGAUCUUCCGCCGGGAAAUUUCACAAGCGAUGCGUGCAUGGAUGCAGCAAAUUUGCUAGUAGUUUACCAAAAUGCCCAAAACAUUAAAAACUAUUACGAGAAAUUCAUCGCGCCCGUCCUAAAAAAGGAUAAUAAGACGAAAGUUGCGGCGACGGAUGAUCAGAAAUUGAAGAAGCGAAAGAGGAAGUCUUACGAGUUGUUGAAUGAAUUGAUAGCGAGCGAUCGGGAAGAGUGCAAGAAGUUUAUGAAGAAAAAUGCAACAGCAAUUGAAGAGCUUCUAUUGAAAGUGUUUCCCACAUGUCCAAUUAGUCAGGCUUCCAGGUUGAGCUGCCUGAAACUUCUAAUUGAAAAGAAAUAUGUCAGCAUCAAGGACAAAUACAUCCUAGAAGCAGUUCUCACAUUCAAAGAAUUCUCUACCAAAAAGCAGGACAUUGCCGACCAAUUGCUGAAACUUAUUGGGGAAAUAUAUGAGAAAAAGGAUAAACUAGAUGAAUUCAUCAACAUUAUAAUGGCUGGAUUUGGAGAGAGUGAAUUAUCAGUGAAUACAAUUUUUGCUCUACGGUCAGUUGUCCAACAUCUGACAGGAAGUCUAACUGUGAAGACACUGGAAGUGAUCCUGCAGGAAGUUCUAGUGUUUCUUACUCAGAAAAUUCGUCCUGAAGCUGAGGCUGCUGUUGUAUUUUUAAUUACUUUUGUCAAAGUGUUGCCAUCUCCUUUAGUUGCGAAUCAUUUAGAACCAAUCAUGAAAUCUCUAUCUUCAAUGUGUCCUGACACCAAACGCUACUGUCGCCUGCAAAUUGGAUAUUUAUUGAAGAAAAUGUGCAAGCGAUUUACGGCUGAUGAACUGAUAAAACUCGUGCCAGGCAAUGAUGAGUUGACACAUCGUCGACUAAAGAAGAUUCGCAAGCAAUUACGACGUGAAGAACGACAGAAAGCGGCAGAGAAAGAUUCGGAUGAGGAUGAGUCUGAAAACGAAUUUGUCAGUGGAGGAUUGGAAAAGAAGAGUCUGACAAUUGAAGACAUUUUGGCCGACUCUGAUUCAGAUCUACCCGAUGACGAUAUGGACGAAGCACCCGAAGCAAAUCACGGCAAUAAAAAAAAUUCAAAGUCGAAAGAAACAUUCAUCCAAGAAGGAGAAGAAGAGAUUGUGGAUUUAGCUGAUAUCAAGUCAAUAGGGAAUAUUUUAACAACAAAACCUGGAAAGGCGACCAAUGCCGCAGGUGGUGCAGUCAAAAAGUCAUCAAAAGAUCCGAACCGGGGUUUUAAGACAGCGGAAGAUGGGAGACUGAUUAUUGACGACAAAAUGGGAUCCGAUUCCGAUGAUGAUGACGAGAAGGAAAGUGAUAUUAAAGAAGAAGACAGUAAUCCAAAUAGAAGAAUGAAGCGAGUACUGGAAGAGGAUAGUAGUGAAGACGAAGAAAUGCCAAUGGCAAGCAGUAGGAAGCGUCAAGCUCUCGACACAAUCAGCAUGAAGACUGGUAAAUCAGGAAAGUCCACAGCAACUAGCAAAUACGUGGCUGGAGGCAAAGGUAUCCACAGGCCUGUGGCAGCUUCAGUUAAAUCGGGAUACUCAGCUAAAUCACGUGUGUCGAGCGCAUCAACUAAAACAGCUGGUGCUUUCGGUACUGAUUACAAAUCAAAUAAAGCUAAGGGUGAUAUGAAGAAGAAAGGAAAGCUAGACCCAUACGCAUAUAUCCCGUUGAGUAGAAAUAUUUUAAAUAAAAGGAAACGAGCGAAAAAUGCCGGCCAAUUCAAAAAUAUUGUGACAGGGGCUCGAAAAGGUGCGUCGAAAGGCCUAAAGAGUCGCGUGAAGAAGGCAUAUAAGAAAUAAUUACUUUAUUUAUGUGUUAUUGAGUUUUUAGGAGGAUUUUAUCAAAAUAUACUAUUGAUUUCAAAUAA